UUUGUAGCUUGUUUGUUGGCAGUUGGCCACUCUAUGCGUUAUGUGGCGUUUUGUAGGAGGCUGAAAAAUUGUGCCAUCGUUUUUUCUUUGGAUUUCGGUCGCGUUUUCGGUUUCGGUUGGCGCUGUUGUUCUUUUUUGCACUACAAAAUCAUUCAAAAUUCGCUUAGUAAAUUAUACACUGGUUUUUGCACAAUUCGACUAAUUUCGCAUCACAUUCACUUCAGGGUUUGGUUCUCCAAGAUCCAGAUAGAAAACUUCAAGUGUUGUGCCGUUUGAGAAAACAAUUCAGUAGGUGCAGAGUGCUGUUUGUGGAUAGUUUGGAGUGGUAGAUACGCUGAAGUAGGAGAUCGGUCGCGCGGUGUGUUGCAAAAGUACAAAAUGUCAAGUCAAGGCGAACAAAAGGCAGCAGCUGUCUCACCCAAGGCUCCGGCUCCGAUUCCAGGUGGUUUGAAGUUCCUUUUCGGAGGUAUUGCAGGCAUGGGUGCCACCUGCAUUGUGCAGCCAUUGGAUUUGGUGAAGACUAGAAUGCAAAUCUCAGGUGCUGGCGGUGGUAAAAAAGAAUAUGAAAACUCAUUGGACUGCAUUAAGAAGGUGGUAAAAAAUGAAGGUCCCUUGGGAUUGUAUAAGGGCAUUGGAGCAGCGCUACUGCGUCAGGCAACCUAUACUACCGGCCGGCUUGGCGUCUAUACAUACUUGCAGGAUUUCUAUCAAACUACGUUUAAACGCACGCCCGGUAUAUUGGACAGCAUGGGCAUGGGUAUUAUAGCCGGCGCAAUGGGCGCCUUCAUCGGUACGCCAGCUGAGGUCGCACUUAUUCGUAUGGCCAGUGAUGGACGUCUGCCGCCAGCGGAGCGGCGCAACUAUUCCAAUGUGUUAAAUGCGUUGACACGCAUAACGCGUGAAGAAGGCGUGACAGCAUUGUGGCGUGGCAGCAUUCCUACUAUGGGCCGGGCUAUGGUGGUGAAUAUGACACAGUUGGCUUCCUAUUCGCAAUUCAAAAACUACUUCAAAAAUGGACCACUCAAGAUGGAAGAAGGCAUUGGACUGCAUUUUUGCUCAAGUAUGUUGAGUGGUUUUCUCACAACAAUCACUUCCAUGCCGUUGGACAUUGCCAAGACUCGUAUACAAAAUAUGAAGACAGCACCUGGCGCUAAGCCGGAAUAUAGUGGCACCAUCGAUGUGCUGCUCAAGGUGGCACGUCAAGAAGGUCUCUUUGCGUUAUGGAAAGGUUUCACACCAUAUUUUUGUCGUCUUGGUCCACAUACAGUGCUGACAUUCAUCUUCCUGGAACAAUUAAACAAACAAUAUCGUGAAUUCGCUAGCCGUAGCAAGUAAGCUAGUGGACUGUGAUGUAAUCACUUCUGACAGCUAGAAAUGUGUGCGCGCUUAUGUGGCCUAAAUAAUGCGUGCACUAACAAACAUGCAUUGCCUAUAAACCAGUAACGAAGUGCAAAUAUAUGUGGCUAUCAAAUUGUUUUCCUACAAAAAAUCGAAAAAUAUUUUUGACGACAUUCGCAAAUUUAAUCAAUUAAGUAAAUGUUUGAAUGCAGAUAGGCUUUUCUAGUUUACUUUAAUAAGUUGUUUGUCCGCCGACCUAACUCUUUUUUUUUAUAUUGUAGUUGUAAAUGCACACUAAUUUGCACAUAAACGAAAACAAAACUAAAAAAAAAGUGAUGAGUAGCUUCACUUAUAUUUUCCAUAAGCAGCACAAUUGUUGAUAUACAUACGUACAUAUGUACAUAGAUUAUUGAAUAUAACGAUACAAAUAUACCUAACUGUAUGGCAUAUUUUAUUUUUUAAAUAAUAUAUCACGCAUUAAAUACAUCCAAGUAUACAUACAUACAUAAUUUGUUAUUGUCCUGGAACACAAAUACAGUAAAUGAAAAAAUAUACAACUUUUGUUAUGUACAAUAAAUUAAUAUUUUGUUAAAUUUGAAAUGCAAGGAUUUGUGUAAAUAAAUUAGCUGAGAACAUAUAACUGAAAAACCCGACAAUAAAUUUAAACCAAAUGAAUAAAAA